AUGUACAAAUCCCGUGUACUUCAAUUGAUAACCAGAAGAACAUUCAACAUGAGUAAGAAUAAGCCUGAGCUCGCAAAGUUACUUUCGUCUAGACCUGUUACGAAUACAGAGGAAUGCAAAUGGAUUGGCUUAACAAAGCUAACCUACCAGGACCCCAACGGUAAGACCAGGGAAUGGGAUAGUGCUAUUAGAAUGACGAGGAGCGAGGGAGGUGUCGAUGGUGUUGGAAUCCUAGCUAUUUUGAGGUUUAAAGACAAGCCUGACGAAAUCUUAUUGCAGAAGCAAUUUAGACCCCCAGUGGAAGGUGUGUGUAUUGAGAUGCCAGCCGGUUUAAUUGACGGAGGCGAGGACAUUGAAACGGCAGCAAUGCGUGAAUUAAGGGAGGAGACAGGUUACGUAGGUAAAAUUCUACAUUCCUCACCAGUUAUCUUCAAUGAUCCAGGCUUCACCAACACUAACCUCUCUUUGGUCACUGUUCUGGUAGACAUGUCUCUACCAGAAAAUCAGAACCCGGUUACAGAACUUGAAGAGAAUGAAUUUAUUGAGUGCUUUUCAGUGCCACUAGCAUCUAUGGCUGAUGAGUUGGCUAAGCUAGACAAAGAAGGGUACAAACUCGAUGCAAGGGUCCAAAAUGUCGCACUCGGUAUCAAGAUCGCGCAAGACUUCAGAUUGUAG